CGGGACUGCGGGCGUGGCCGGGGGCGCGCGCAACGGGCGCGCGGUCCCGAUUGAAAGAAGAAGGAGGGGCCCAGGGGUGACGGUGCGGGAGCCACUGCAAGCGCAGGGGCGAGAGUCGGCGGCCCGGGCCCGCGGAGAAGGUGGGAUAGAGGCCAGGUCAGCUGCUCGGACCCUCCGGACUGAGCCCCAGACCCGAGCAGCAGCGCUUUCUGGUUAGGUGGGGAGGUGCUGCCAAGCCCCAGGAGGGGAAGAUGUUCAACGUGGAGUCGGUGGAGCGGGUGGAGCUGUGCGAAAGCCUUCUCACUUGGAUCCAGACAUUUAAUGUAGAUGCACCAUGCCAGACCGUGGAAGAUUUAACGAGUGGGGUUGUGAUGGCCCAGGUUCUUCAAAAGAUAGAUCCUGUAUAUUUUGAUGAAAAUUGGCUAAACAGAAUCAAAACCGAAGUAGGAGAUAAUUGGAGACUAAAGAUAAGCAACUUAAAGAAAAUUUUAAAAGGAAUCCUGGAUUACAAUCAUGAGAUUUUAGGACAGCAAAUUAAUGACUUUACCCUUCCUGAUGUGAACCUUAUUGGGGAGCAUUCUGAUGCUGCAGAACUUGGAAGGAUGCUUCAACUCAUUUUAGGCUGUGCUGUGAACUGUGAACAGAAGCAAGAGUACAUCCAAGCCAUUAUGGUGAUGGAGGAAUCUGUUCAGCAUGUUGUCAUGACAGCCAUUCAAGAGUUGAUGAGUAAAGAAUCCCCUGUCUCUGUUGGAAAUGAUGCCUAUGUUGACCUUGAUCGCCAGUUGAAGAAAACAACAGAGGAACUAAAUGAAGCUUUGUCAGCAAAAGAAGAAAUUGCCCAAAGAUGCCAUGAAUUGGAUAUGCAGGUUGCAGCAUUGCAAGAGGAGAAAAGUAGUUUGUUGGCGGAGAAUCAGGUUUUAAUGGAAAGACUCAAUCAGUCCGAUUCUAUAGAAGAUCCUAACAGCCCAGCAGGAAGAAGGCACCUGCAGCUCCAAACUCAAUUAGAACAGCUCCAAGAAGAAACAUUCAGACUAGAAGCAGCCAAAGAUGAUUAUCGAAUUCGCUGUGAAGAGUUAGAAAAGGAAAUCUCUGAACUUCGACAACAGAACGAUGAGCUAACCACUUUGGCAGAUGAAGCUCAGUCUCUAAAAGAUGAAAUAGAUGUUCUUAGACAUUCUUCUGAUAAAGUGGCUAAACUAGAAGGCCAAGUGGAUUCCUAUAAAAAGAAGCUAGAAGAUCUUGGUGAUUUGAGGCGGCAGGUGAAACUCUUAGAAGAGAAGAAUACUAUGUAUAUGCAGAACACUGUCAGUUUAGAGGAAGAGUUGAGAAAAGCCAAUGCAGCUCGAAGUCAACUGGAGACAUAUAAAAGACAGGUAGUAGAACUGCAGAAUAGAUUAUCUGAAGAAUCAAAGAAAGCAGAUAAAUUAGAUUUUGAAUAUAAGCGACUGAAAGAAAAAGUUGACAGUCUUCAAAAAGAAAAGGAUAGGUUAAGAACAGAAAGGGAUUCUCUGAAGGAAACCAUUGAAGAGCUUCGUUGUGUACAGGCUCAAGAAGGGCAGCUCACAACUCAAGGGUUAAUGCCUCUGGGAAGUCAGGAGUCUUCAGAUAGUCUGGCAGCAGAGAUCGUCACACCUGAAAUCAGGGAGAAACUUAUUCGUCUUCAGCAUGAGAAUAAAAUGUUAAAAAUUAACCAAGAGGGUUCAGACAAUGAAAAAAUUGCCUUGUUGCAGAGCCUUCUGGAUGAUGCAAAUCUACGCAAGAACGAACUGGAGACGGAGAAUAGGCUGGUGAAUCAAAGACUUCUGGAAGUACAGUCACAAGUUGAAGAAUUGCAAAAAUCUUUACAGGAUCAAGGCUCGAAAGCAGAAGAUUCCGUUCUUCUAAAAAAGAAGCUUGAAGAACAUCUAGAGAAGCUGCAUGAAGCAAAUAAUGAGUUACAGAAGAAGAGAGCCAUUAUUGAAGAUCUGGAACCAAGAUUUAACAACAGCUCAUUAAAAAUUGAAGAAUUACAAGAAGCUUUACGGAAGAAAGAGGAGGAAAUGAAGCAAAUGGAAGAACGAUAUAAAAAAUACUUAGAGAAAGCCAAAAGUGUUAUCCGUACUUUAGAUCCUAAACAGAAUCAAGGAGCAGCACCAGAAAUACAAGCUCUUAAAAAUCAACUCCAGGAGCGGGACCGACUGUUCCAUUCAUUAGAGAAAGAAUAUGAGAAAACGAAGAGUCAAAGAGAGAUGGAGGAGAAAUAUAUUGUUAGUGCCUGGUACAAUAUGGGAAUGACUCUGCAUAAAAAGGCGGCUGAAGAUAGACUUGCUAGUACAGGUUCAGGGCAGUCGUUUCUGGCUAGGCAAAGACAAGCAACCAGCACGAGAAGGUCUUAUCCCGGCCAUGUUCAACCAGCCACAGCAAGGUAGAGAAGUCUUGCCGUUAGAAAUAAAAAGCAACCUGCAUCAAAGCAUACUUCUGUUACAUAUAACAACAUUUCAGGAAAUUCAGCCAGCUUAUUUUUUGUCUCCAUUCUAUGUUAAUAUUUAGUUGUUUCUCAUUUGAGGACUUUUUCUCUCUCCUGUAUCUAUAAGGUUUUAGUUUCUCUGUCCUUUAUUUUGUAGUCUUUUCAGUUCCUUUUAAUGUGCCAAAAUUUUUAAAUGCCCAAUUAAAGGUGUUGUAUAAUAGUGUAACACUUUUCUUUGUAUGAAAAUAUCCUCUUCCCGAACGAUGUAGGCUUUGUAAUGAAUUAAAUUUUCUGCCAAUAAUUGAUACACAAUUUAUAUUGUUUAUUGUGCCUCGGUGUUACCAUGCUUUAUAAGAAUGUCUUUGUUUAAAGGGAAUUUAAUCUUUUUAUGAUGUAUUAAUCUGUGUUUUAAAUUGUUUUCCAGAUGCACUUCAAGUAACUUGCAUAUUUACUGUAUGAAAUGAUUGGCAAAGUGCACUUUUUGCAAAGACGUAAACAUACAUUGGCAGAGGCUAGCAAAUCUUACGUAAGGCACCUGAUAGGAUUAUUUAGAGGGGAAAAAAUGAGUUUCCACAUUGUUUUAUAGGAAAGUAAAUUUGUCCAAAGAUUUGGAAACUAUUUUUAAAACAUAAAUGAAUAGAAUUUCAUUAUUUCCUGCUAUAUUGUUUGCUGGCAGAAGUGAAUGCAUUGGUGAGUUUGUUUGGGGGAAAUUAUAGCAUAGAAGAAAAAAAAUCAGGCAGUGCAUUAAUUUUUUUUCCUUUGCUUUGGAAUAUCACAGUAACUUAGGAUCAAAUUCUAACAAUGUGUCUGACAUUUAUAGUUUCAUUGCCCUCCAUAUCUAUAAGAUUUAUUUUUCAUAUAUUUACAAUAGGAGCCUUACUUCUUAAGGAAUUCCCUUAUUAACUUGUGCCUCAUUUGUUUUACUUAUUCUUUAAUAUAAACCCUUUCAUUUCUAAACAGUUCCUAACAUUUAACAUCUUAAUAUCAGUCACUAAGAUAAAUAAGUGAUUUCUUGUAUGUGAUGUUUUAAGACAGGUCUCUGACAUUUUUUCUUAAUUCUAUCUAUUAGUCCUCAAAUUUAUUACUAAAUAGCUUCUCUUGGGUAAUUUUGUUGCCUCAAAAGUGCUUGUAUUUGUUGACAGGUUAUAAGCCACAUAUAUAUACCCACUGCCAUCGAGUCAAUUCCAACUCAUAGCAACCCUGUAGGACAGAGUAGAACCGCCGCAUAGGGUUUCCAAGGAUCAGCUGUGGAUUCGAACUGGGGACCUUUUGGUUAGCAGCCAAGCUCUUAACCACUGGGCCACCAGUUAAUCUGUCAAUUAAUGAUUGUAAAGCACUUUGAAUAUGUAAGGUGCUGUAUAAAUGCAAAAUAUCAUUCAUUUGAAAAUGAAAUGCCUUCUGCCUAAUUUUCUAUAUUGACUUAAGUAUUCAGUCCGAAACUAUAUUAAGUUCCCUUCCAAUCAUUUUCUUGCACCUAGCCUAUUUUGUAAAAGCAAAAAAUUCUUGAAAUUAGGUUUUUUUUUUUUCAAGCUAGGUCACCUAGUAAGAGGAUUUUGUUUUAUGCACUAUUUGGAAGUUCAGGCUUCCUUUAGUUCUGUAUAUUAAAUGCAAAUAAGUAACUUUAAAUCAAGCUAAGUGUGAUUAAGAGUUUUCAAAAACUAUCCAAACAUUUGAUUUUAAAUUUUUAUUUUUUUAUUAAGAGCAGUUGACCUAAAUAUUAGUAGUAUUUUCAUUUUUCCUCCAAAACCAUACUUGAAGAAAAAGGUAUUAGAAAAUAUACAGAAAUGACUCCAUGCACUGUGCUAAUUUUUUACAUUAAAUACAGAAGUCUGAGCACAGUACGGACACUUCUGCCUGAUAAGACCAUAAACCAGCAAGAAUUACUAAUACAGAGAGAGCCACAUGAGUCGAAUGCAUUGUGGGGGUUCAGAAGGCCAAGCAAACCUAACCAACAUAUAAAGUUUUGACAAGAAAAGAUUAAAAACUAUUAAUUUACAAUGGUUCUUACCCCCUUUAUUUCACAAAUAACAUAAGAAUUUGACUAUUUUAAAACAAGUUAGGUCCUGAACACUAACCUUGAUCAAAUUAAAAUUACUGGGAAAUUAUACCCACAGAUUUAAGAUGAAGGAAAAUAAAAGAGCCUGUGAAUUACUUGUUAAAUGGAUCAUAUUCCAUGAGAUAAGAGUUUUUCAUUUUACUUCUACUUACUGCUCCUCUCCUAGUCUCUUACCUACUCACACAUCUACCCAGAUGUAUUUCUUCUAAUGGGUUGGAAAGGUGCCAAGCUUUUAGAAGGAAAUUUUACUUUGGAUUUUUCUUCAGCAUCUAUUGCAUGCUAUUAUCUUGGUUUUUAUAUUUACAAUUUUCACUCUGCUUUACCUUUAAAGCUUAGUAUAUCAUUGCAUAGAAGAAAUUAUAUUUCUAAAAAUUAUUUGAUGUUUUAAAAAAAGGGGGCUUUUGUAAGAAUAGCAUCUGAGUAUACUUUAUGUGUCAUAAAGCCAAGAAUAAAACUUAACUGUAAGAGUGACAACCCUGUUUCCCUUGUCCAGCUUUGGACAAGAUUUAUGAUAUUUCUGUUUUUCCCAUUGUUAUUGUGUGCCGUCGAGUUAUAGUGACCCUAUAGGACAGAGUAGAACUGCCCCACAGGGUUUCCUAGGCUGUAAUCUUUCUGAAGCAGGUCACCAGGUCUUUUCUCCCGCAGAGUGGCUGGUGGGUUUGAACUGCCAGCCUUUCAGUUAGCAGGCAAGUACUUCACCAUUGUGCCACCAGGGUUCCAAUAAUGAUUACUAAUUUCUCAGGAGGUUUGUGACAAUGGGUGGACUAUGUGGAAGUUAAAAGACAUUAGCGCUUUAUGUAGAUGUGAGCUGUGCCGUGCUAUAUUUUUAUGAGCUCCUCACCUGUAUGUGAAGCCACAGUUUGCUUGUGCAGUGGGGCUGCUCAUGGCAUCAGCAAUGAAAUAAGUACAGUGUUGCUGCAUUAGGCUGGGGCGAGCCAUCACCACAGUGUCCAAAUCUAACACGCAAAAAGCAUUAGCUAUUUUCAUUCUAACCAGGGUAAGAAAAUACAAAGUAAAUAACUAAAGAACAUUAAAGCAUAGCAUUUCUGUUCUGCAGUGUAUAUUUCAGAAGUUUGUAAUGGGGGAAAAAAAUCCCAGCAAAUAAGUAGUAUUUGCCUUAAAAGGAGACUAAGUAAUACAUUUGUACAUAUUUUAAAAGAACUUCCAAAAACUUGAUCAUAUCUUUUUACUAUUUCUAAUUACUUGAUAAUAACAAGAAAAAGAAGUCCCCAAAUAAAGGAACUAUGUUCCAAAAUUUAUCAAGAUGGAAUUAUUUCUAUUAGAUAUCCCCCAGCCUAGUAAAAUUGGCUUAAUGGGAUGGUUAGAUUAUAAUAAGGAUACUAUUGUAGCAUGUAAUUUUGUUGAGGUCUUAUUGUUUUACUUAUAUAAUAAAAGCUCAGUUGUACAAAAUUAAGCUAAUGUUAUCCAGUCAGAAACGUCAGCCUAUAUAUUUCAUUAGUCCUUGCAAAUGAAUGGAAAUCCACACUGUGAAAAUACAUCAGCAGUGAUUGUUAAAUGAAAGAUGAAUUAGACUGAAGAAAAGACACAUUUUAUUUAUGAGCUACUUUAUUUGCAUUUCUUUUCAAUAACAGUUUGCUUUAUCUUAUUAACUAAAUAAUGAAUGAAAUAUCAGUAUCUCAGACAAGCAUUCGUCGAUUGUUUUAAUGAUAACACCGUGUUAAAAACUUGAAAAUCUUUAUUUUAAUAUAAGGAUUAUUUUGAAACAAAAAUCUAAAUUUUUUAAAAUUCUCUUUAACUCUCUGCAUUUAAUAUUCAAUUGCCCAGAUUCAGACUCCAGGAAUGUUCAGUUCUCCCCAGUUGAAACAUGCAGAUUUAUCUGAAAAAGCAUCCACAACCCACAGCUAGUAGAAAUAAACCUAGCUAGUUUACAGCCAUGUGGAUAAGUACAUGUUUGAUCCUAAAGUGGCAGGAAAAUGCUUGGGAUCUUGCUUUUUGCUAAGGACAAAAUAACAACAUAAAGGCAAAAUGCUUUUUGUUGUGUAUUCAUUGAACUGUGGAAGAAUAUUUUUACUUUUUCUCCUUACAUUAUGAAGGGGCUCUUUGCCUAGAAAUGGCAAUUGAACUGAAGGAGCAUAUACUUCUUAACAGUAAAGCCUAUGUUAUAUCCUAAAGUAGGAUAAGAGAAUGUACUGAACAAAAUAAAAUGGGAUAUCAGAAUCUUUGAAAAUUAUUUUAGCAUAUCUUUUAUUUUUCCCUUUUUAUAAAUUAAAAGGAUUUUCCAUGCAAAAAAGAUAAUCUCUUUUCCUAUAGUCCCGACUGUCAAAAUGGUAGCUUAUUUUUGUAGUUGUUCAACCCAGUUUCAUUACAUUUAAAAGGAGGUUUCAUAGCUUAUUGUUUGUAACUAUAGUGAUUUGAAUAUUUUAUAUCAUGAAGGUUUUUAUAUAAGGAAGGUUAUUCUCAAUGUAUCUGUCAUCCAAUUUUUUACUUUCUAUAAAGCAUAUUUAAAUAAUAUUGGUGUAUGUUCUUUUAUUGAAAAUUUUGAAGAUGUUUUGUUGUUCAAUUUCAGCACAAAAAUAUUCUAAAGCUUUGCAGUGAAUGCUGUUCAGUUCUCAAAAGCUUAAAAAACUUAAAUAAUAUGCUAGUGACACAGAUAAUUUCUACUCUUCCCCAUCCCCCAAGGUUAUAGAAGUAUUAAUAUUUAGUUUCCUUUUUAUAAAAUGAAGGACAGCACAAAUAUGAUGGCAUCCAUCUUUUUUAAAUCAUUUAUUUUGUUCUUGGGAAGUAUAUACCAGUUCUUUUGUUUUUAAAUAGCCUGUUAUUAAUCUGGUUCACAUGUAUUAUCUUUAUGAAUAUAAAAACUUGUAAAAUUUAUAUUUAAUGUUGUCUUGAAACAUGAACAUCCUCAGAUUCUUCACAUUACACUGAAAUGUUAGGAAGGGACAAUAUUUGAGAAACAGAGUCUUGGGCCUAAUUAUGGCAAGUCUAUGAGUUUUGGUAAUUGUAGGGGAUCUAUAAAUGUUUCCUAACAGUUGCAUCUCAGGAAUCACUUGAUGUCUGUCUUCAUUAUUUUUCUGUUUUCUUAUAUUUUCCAACAGUAUUCUGUAAGAUUACGUUUGUAUGCUAUAAAGUGAGGCUAGAAAUCUAAGAACCUAACAGAAGGUUGUUAAGGAAAAUUCAUUCCUAGGGAGUAGAAUGGAUUAUCAGGAUAAGAAAUGGCCUAGUUAUAAACACUUACCUAGGCAGAUGGAAGGAUUAACACAAUUAAAACUCACACUUUCUUAACAAGUGUGCCUAAAGGUAAUCGUUUAUGUAAAGUUUUCUGUUUUUAUUGCAUAAUCAGAUAAUAAAAAGGAAUAGACAAAAAUAUAAUUUAUUUUCUAAUUGUUCCUUCUUUUAGUGGACAUUAGCCAGGCACACAGUAUUAACUGCAUAUGUUUAUUAGUGGACGGGGGAGCAUCUAUUUUCAUUUUGAGAACAUUAACUAAUUACCAAAUCUAAAAUAGCAAUUUUAGGCCCUGAAGGAUCCUGUGAUGAGAUGAGAUGAGAAGAAAUUUGUGGUAGCUGAAAAUCACAGCCAAGUUCCUAACAGUUAACUAAAUCUGCCACUUACAUCUAGUUUCCAAAUCAUAGGCUCAGUUUUAUGUCCCCCUUAAUUACACAUAGUAGGCCCACACAAAGUUAGGUUUACAGUGAAGGCAAAAGUAGACAUAUUUUUAAGUCUUUUGAAGGAGAACUUUUAUAUACCUGCUACAUUACCACCAGACUCUGAAUUAAAUGCUUAUGGUCUGAAGAUAAAAUCAUUAGAGAAGAUGUCCACAGCCUCAAAAUUUUAGGCUCAUGGCACUAUCAAAUAUCCUGAAUUAUAUCUACUUAGAGCUUAAAGGAGGAACUAAAUAUGAGAAAUGCAACCUCAAGUUGAAUAAAAGAAAACUGCCAAAGUGCUGAGGCUUUAAUAUAUGUGAGAGACUUCCAAGCAGGGCUUAUCACUUUAGGGAUCUCAAACUAAAUUGAUGAAGGAAAAUAAUUAAUUUAGUGAUUAUAUUGUAAAAUUAAUAAAAGGGACCCUUAUGUGUUUAUUCUUAUGUAUUUGUCACCCUAUGGGCAGUGAUUACAUUAGAUACAUUCUAUAGUGUUUAUGUGUGUCACUAUUAGAGAUGAAUGUCUUAAUAUUCACUAUUCUAAUCAUUUGUCUUAUUUAUACUUUACUGCAAAAUUCAAAGCACUUUACUAAUAUUAAAUAAUUAUUUUCCCUCUCCACCUCUACCUUUCUCUGGCAUUUUCUAUUAAUAUCUUUUCCACAGGGAAUCUUUAUUUUAGGACACUCACUAAGAAAAAUUUCAAAGGUUGUCCAAAUAAAUGGGCUUUGUACUCUUUCUAAAUUUUCUGACAUCAGAAGUCUGAAGUUCUAAGUCUAGAAACCUAUUUGAAGCUAAAUUAGGGCUACUAGGCAUUGAUUGUUUUUUGAUGUCACAUUAAUAAGAAUCCUUUGUAAUGUAAUAUUCAUGAAGCCAGCUCCUCUCAAAGCCAAACACCCUUGAAACUUUUUGUUUUCUGGAGUUUUAUUAAUAAAAACUAAACUAUCUUCUGGUUAGUCAGAAGAUGUUCUUACCGUUGAUUUGCCUGUCUCCUAAAAUACAAAUUUACAAACUGUUCCUAACUUUAAUUAUUUUUUCAUCAUUGCGCAUACCUGAAAAACAGGAGAAAGAAAGCCAAGUUUCAGGGGCUGUGACACCAGAGAAUCUGGAAAAUGGUAGGGGACAGGUGAUGGAAAAGCAGACACUAACAAUGGCAGAAUGCUACAAAAACAUUCUUCAUUCUGGUAAAAUACAUACGCUUUAUGAAUGUGACCAUUUUCUUAAGUUCAUACAUAGCAAAGUUUUCAGCCUGUUCUAUUAAGGGAUUUUUUUAGGGGUCGAGAUUCUUCCAUUUUGUAACUUGAGUAUAUUAGUAUUCAAAUCAUUGUCAAAAAGGACUGAAAUAUUUGUUACAUAAACAUUGACACACAUGAUUACUGCCAAAGAAUAGAUUUGCUUAUGCAAACAUUCUCUUUGAGUUUUGUUUUUAGAUGAGAAAAAUGCUUUUAUAAUGUGAAAAAAACAUUACCACCUCUCUAUUUUGCUUAGGCAGGUCACCUAGAAGAGAGCAACACUGAAAUAGAGAAGUCUAAACUCUGACCUUUAAGGGAAAGAGCAGUUUUCAUCUCCCUAAAGUAAAAAAACUAAAUAUACACGUGUGCACACACAUAUACACUUAAGGAAAAAAUAUGUUUUAGAUAUCUUUCACUAAUUAAUUGUUGAAUGGAUGAAUGAAUUUAAAAGUUCAAAGAAAAUUGGGUCUAUGCUUUUGAGGUAAGACCCCUUCUAAAUGUCUUACUCUUCCAUUACCAGUUGCCAUCAAGACUACUCUGACUCAUGGUGACCCCAUGUGUAUCAGAGUAGAACUAUGCUUCAUAGGAUUUUCAAUGCCUAAUUUUUCAGAAGUAGAUCGUCAAGCCAUUCUUCUGAGGUGCCUGUGGGCGUACUAAACCUCCAACCUUUCAGUUAGCAGCUGAGUGUGUUAACCGUGUGCGCUAGCCGGGGACUCCCAACCUUCCAUUAGCUUCCUGUUCUGAACAAGAGUAGAUUCCAGUCCUGGGUUGUCCAAUUCAAUAGCUGCUAGCUACAUGUAGCAAUUGAAAUUUAAUUAGAAUUAAAUCAAAUUAAAAAUUCAGUUCAUCAGUCUCACUAGCCACAUUUCUAGUGCUCAAUAGCCGUAUGUGAAUAGUGGUUACCCUACUGGACAGCACAAAUACAGAACAUUUCCACCAUUGAGAAAAUGCUAUUUGACAGUGCUGUUACGCCCAAAGAGAAAAUAAGGAAAAAAUAAAGGCAAUCUGUUAACUUACAACUCUUAGAUUUUACCACCGUAGUUGAAGAAAGCUAUUUUUCUUACAGAAAUUAAUAAUAACCCUUUUUAAACAUCUUGGGAAAAUCAAAACCCCAUUCUUUUAAGCUAGUUUGCAAUAUUUUUUUUAAAACAGGUUCUCAGCACUUUAUUUUUCAAGUUAUAUAUUUACAUUAUUUCAUAAAUCAUUAGUAUCUUCAGUUUUUUUAAUGUACUCCUAUUUUAAGUAUUGAUGAUAUAUAGUUGUCUAACAUUAUCAAGCAGGAACUAAUGAAUGUUUAAUUUAUUUUCAAAUAAAAAUUUAUCAGCUUCAUCAUGUUCUUACGUUACAUUUAAAUCUAAUGAAAAUUGCCAACAAUUUUUUUUUUGCUUCUGUACUUUUAAACGUUUCUCUCUAAAGUCACAUUUGACCAUCUUCCACCCCGAAGGUACACCAAUAUCCAAAUAAUUUUUUUGUUUUUCUUUGUAGCUUCCUGCUUUUAUUAACUUGGAUUAUGAAUCAAAUUAAACUUCAUGUAUGCAGUACACAUUUACUAUUCCAGUGCAGUUAAUAUUUGCUGUUCCAGUUAAUGAAAACAUUUAAUACAUAUUAAUUUCCUUGGCCUGUUACUUAACUAAAAGGAUCUUUGCUGAUGUUAUCUUUGAAUUUUUUAAUGAAAAUAAGGGAUUAAUCAUAAUUCUCUUGAGUCAGCUUGGUGCUUAGUUAAAACUAUCCUAUUAGGAGGUCUUUUUAAAUUGUUUCAGUCAAGCAACCAACUUGAUCCAGUAGAGUCAAAUUCCAAGCAAGUUAUGAUGAAAUUCUUACUGUAGUUCAAGUAUGGACUCGUAAAUAGUGUGAUCUGAGUUUGUUUUAUUAUUUCCUUGGUGACCUAAUUCAGUGUAUGUUCUACAGAGACUCAUAUUAGUUAAGGGAAAUUUUCGGUAUGCUUGAAAUAAGUAGCAUUUUAGUAUAAAUACAGAAAAUGACUGUAUACUAACGUCAAUCAAUGAUUUAGGGCCUUUUAGUUUUUUUAAUAGUAGUCUUUUUUUGUUUUAGAACAGCCCUAGUUACUUAGUAUUCAAAUGCACUAAAAUGCCAUCGCCAUCACUAACUUUGCUGUUUACAGGUUCUGUAUAGUUCAGAAUGCUUUGUACUCAGAAGGAUAAUUUCCAUGUUUAUCUUGUUUUACAGUUUUCAUGUUUUGACAAUUGCCCACCAUUUGUAACAUCCAAUUUUUGGUUGUGUAAUGAAAUGGUAAAAUGCAAACAUAUCUAAUAAUUUGCCUUAUUUUGAUUAAUCAAAAAUUUGGGGUUAGAAAGCAGAUUUUUUUCCCCCUAGAAUAGUUUCAAAACUUUUCAGAUGAGCUGGAAAACACCUUAUGACAUUAGAGUCAGAGUUGUAUUGAUUACAGCACUUGCUCUGAAGCCUUACAUUCAUGUCUUAAGUAUUGUAGAUUGCUCUGUGAAUUGUUAGUUUAAUAUCUGACAUUGUAGUUAUCCACCUUGCAUUUUAGCCUUUGCAAAAAAGGAUAUUGCUAGGUAUAUUCUUACUCCUGAUUGACUAUUGAAUUUACAAUUUCAUGAUUUCAUUCUUUGUAAUUAUAAUUAAAAAGGAUGUCCAUAUCAAAAAUUUUCACUCACAAACAGAACCAUUACAGAUUUAGCAACAUUGUACAUAAUGGAAUCCAAGCAUUUUCCACCUGUUUGCUGUGUUUACCCGCCAUUUGCUAUGUGCUGAGAUUGGUGGAUUUUCUCACUGUUUAUCUAUGGUGAAUGACUUGUUAGAGCACUUCAGUAAGAAAUUUUACUAAAAUCA